UUAUAUUAAAAACAAUUAUUUUUUUCCUUAAGACUUUAGUAGGGAAGAAAUAGCAGAAUUUAUAACUUUUUAAAAAAGUUUUAACUUCAGUUUUCGGCUUCAAGAUGGGUGCUUUAAGUGCAUGGGAUUACGUCGUCUUUGCUUUGAUGUUAGUCAUCUCCAGUUCUAUCGGAUUGUAUCAUGGUUACAAAGGUUCAAGGAAACGGGCGUCCACUGAUGAUUAUUUGUUAGCAGGCAGGAGCAUUGGCUGGUUCCCUUUGUUUGUAUCACUUGUAGCAUCUUAUCUUUCUGCAAUCGCUUUGUUGGGAAUGCCAAGUGAAGUUUAUACUUACGGUAUACAGUAUGUGAUCAUUAUGUUUUCAUAUCCACUCAUCAUAGCACAGUGUGUUUUCAUAUAUGGACCCAUUUUUCGACGCAACCAUAUUACAAGUGCAAAUGAGUAUCUGGAAUUACGAUUUUCAAAAUUUGUUCGAUUACUUGGCUCGCUCAUGUUUAUACUAGAAUACGUGCUGUAUCUUGCAGUCGUUUUGUAUGCUCCAAGUUUGGCUUUACAAGCGGUGGCAGAUUUACCCAUGGAAAUAUCGUUGAUAACAACCGGCCUAGUUUGUACUGUAUACACCUCAAUUGGCGGCAUGAAGGGCGUGAUUUGGACUGAUGUGUUUCAGACAUUUAUUAUGGUAGUUGGGCUUAUUGUUGUUAUAUCGAUUGGUGCGAAUGACGUUGGUGGAAUGAGAAAGGUAUUUGAAAUAUCCAAUCAAGGAGGUAGACUCAACUUUUUUAACUUUAAUCCAGAUCCAAGAAUUCGCCAUACGUUCGUCACGUUGGUAUUCGGAGGAAUGUUUAGUGGUAUUCCAGUGUAUUGUGUCAGCCAAAUGAUGGUACAACGUGUUUUAGCAGGGAAAUCACAACGGGCUGUUAACAUUGCUUUAUUGAUGAAUAUACCUGGUCUGAUGUUUAUUGUUGGUUUGUGUGCAUUAGCUGGGUUGGUUAUGUUUGCUGUGUAUGAGAAAUGCGAUUUAAAAGAAAAUCACCAAAUUAAAAGUAACGAUCAGAUAUUAGCUUUUUUUCUUGUGAAUAAACUUGACCAUUUGAAGGGAGUACCUGGAAUAUUCAUGGCAAGCCUCUUCAGUGGCGCUCUUAGCACGGCAUCUUCAGGAUUGAAUUCUUUGGCAGCUGUGACGUAUGAAGAUUUUGUGAAAACAUUCCAUCCAAAUCUUUCACAGCAUAGGGCAACUCAAAUAUCGAAACUGAUUGCAUUUUUGUAUGGCUUGUUGGUACUUGGUUGUGCAUUUCUUGUGUCAUAUGUAGGAACUAUGGUUUUACAGGUUGCAUACAGUAUUCAUGGCAUUAUAGGAGCUCCUUACAUGGGCAUGUUCGCGGUUGGCAUGUUAUUUCCAUGGGGAAACAGUAUAGGUGUUUGUUUGGGUUGUUUGCUUGGCUUCUCAAUAACAUUAUGGUUAUCUGUGGGUGCAUUCAUGUACCCACCAGACAAAAACAUUUUGGAUGUGUCCAUAGAACAAUGUUCAAGCUUUAAUACUACACUGACCAACAGCACUGGUGUAAUCUCAUUUCCACACCAUGGUUAUGUGAAUCCUUUCGCUUCAUUCUACAGUGUUUCUUAUUUGUGGUAUGCUGGAAUUGGUUUGUGUGUAUCGUUUGUUUUUGGUUGUGUUUUUAGCCUUGUGUUUGGUCGCCGCGGAAAGAGGGAAUACAACAAAGACCUACUUUUUAAUUAUUCAAAACUUUGGUCGAUUAUAACAUGCAAAAGAAAUAAUUAUCACAUGGGUUAUGCGUCACAUAUUCCCAUGCAAAGAUAUCCAGAAAAAAACUGAAGCAGAAUAAAGAAAGUGAUCCCUUCACCGAACUACUUAACGCCACGCUAUCGACAUCUAAUGAUGGCGUUAUUAAAAAAAGUUGCUUUUUAUGUGAUUCUCCAUAUAUAAGAGUUUAUAAUUUUGCUUGUCAUUUACAAUGUUUUAUAGCGAUUGUUUCUGAAUAUUGGUAAAGUGCAUUUAUGAUGCUUACAGAUACAUGCAGUAGCUUCGAAAGACCUUUUUUAAUUGACUUAUUGCGAGUCAGUAGGACUUUAUUUCGUCAUGCCUCUGGUGAUUAUUAUUCGUAAUUUCCCAAAUUUUGUACAUAUUUAUCAAAAAUUUUAGUAUGCGCAAAAAUACCCAAAUAAUCAAUUCGCGAAAAUAAAUCUUCGCCAAGUUACUACAAAUAAUUUUCACUAAUCUUGUUUUUGUUGUUGAUAGAAGUAAUGAGCAACUUCUGCAGUGAGUUCAAAAAAAGCUACGCUUUUUAAAAUGCUGUUUACUUCGCCUGUGUAUCUUCAAAAGUUUAGGUUUCGCAGUUGUAAUUUCCAAGUUUUUAUUAAAACGCUGGAGUUUUUUUACCCUCUGUAAUGUUAUAAAUUUAAUAUAAUAUUUGCUAUGUGUUAGUGCUGUGUUGCCAUGUUUUGCAUAGGCCGAUGCCUUGAUCGAGUUAUGUUGCUUCCAAGACUGGAUUUGUAUAAAUUUGCCGUCUGUUGCUAGUGAAAAUGUUGAAAUAACUUAUAAAAUACUCAAGUCUGAAAGGGACCAAACGAACAAACAUGCCUAGGCUAACUCUUUAUUUUGAAUCUUAUUCAGACUUGACCAGUAAUAAAAACAUCCAGGGAACUGUUUGCAUUUUUAGAAAGUAUUUUAGUUUUGUUGACAGUUUCUUUUUCAUUAACUUCUUUUAUACUUGAUAGAGAGUAGAUAUAAUAAAAGAAAAAACAGCAUGGCCCAAGGGAAGAUGAAAGUGAAGAAUGCUAACAUUCAGAAGAAAGCAAAACACUCGAAAAAAGUUUUAGGACCUAAAAAAGGAGG